AUGGCAUCCUUCACCGCGGAGGAAGUGGCGAAGCACUGCUCCGAGGGCGAUCUUUGGAUUGUCAUCGACGGCGAUGUCUACGACCUUUCAAAGUUUGCCUCGCUGCACCCGGGUGGCAUCCCGCCGUUGCUUGACCCAGCAGUAGCCGGCAAAGAUGCCACUGAGCUUUUCUUCGGCCUGCACCGCGCUUCGGUCUUGAAGGAGCCGAAGUAUGGGCGCUUAAAGAUCGGCACGCUCUCCGGUGCUGCUGAAGCAGCAGCGAAGGUGACGAAAAAGAAGAAGCCAGCGGGGCAAUCCUCGGUGCCAGCUCAUAUCCCAUAUGGUGAGGCCAUGGGAACUUGGCGUAAAUUCUCGCCUUACUACAAGGAGUCUCACGAGAGGCUUCGUGCUGCCGUGCGUGAGUGCAUGGAUAAGGAGAUCAAGCCACACUGCAAGGAAUGGGAUGACAAUGGCACGCUCCCCACCAGAGAGAUCGACAUCCUGGUGGGAAGGGCUGGCAUUUUUGCGGCGCUCGUCGCCGGCGAAGAGGGUGCUGCAGAACUUUUCGCGCAGCACGGUAUCUCACUGCCAGGCGGCAUCAGCGCCAAGGAGUGGGACUACUUCCAUGCAUUGGUGCUGAAUGAAGAGAUCCGUCGCGGUGUCAACGGUUGCUACGGCGUAAGCGACGGCCUCAUCGGCGGCGUUUCCAUUGGCCUUCCGCCAUUGCUGAAGUUCGGCACCAAAGAGAUGAUAGAGAAAUACGCAGUGCCGAUCAUCAAGGGAGAGAAGCGCAUCUGUUUGGCUAUCUCCGAGCCGUAUGCAGGCAGCGACGUGGCCCAGAUUCGUACCACUGCUGAGAUGGCCCCAGAUGGCUCCUGGCACGUCAACGGUGUGAAGAAGUGGAUCACAGGAGGCAUGGUGGCUGACUACUUCACCACACUCGUUCGGACUGCAGAACAUGGCCCCUGCAUGUUGCUCCUCGAUCGCGGAGAUGGCUCAACGCUCUCAACCAAGCCGAUCAAGACCUCCUACUCCCCUGCGGCCGCCACUUCUUACGUGGAGAUCUACAAAAACGUCGUGCCGAAAGAGAACCUCAUCGGGAAGCCAGGCAUGGGCUUCAUGCAGACCAUGGCGAACUUCAACUUUGAGCGUUGGGGUAUGAUUGUCUGCGGUAAUCGCCACUCGCGGAUGGUUCUGGAUGAGUGUCUCAGAUGGGCUUUGUCACGCAAGGUCUUCGGCAAGGCACUGAUCCAGCAGCCGGUAAUCCGCUACAAACUGGCGGAGAUGGCGGCCGCAAUUGAGUCUCUGCACAGUAUGCUGGAGGACUUGACCUACCAGAUGAACAACAUGAGCACAAGUGAGAUAAAUCGGGACCUAGCGGGGCCCAUUGCCCUGCUCAAGUACAAGCAGACGCGGGUGGCCACCGUCGUCAGCGACAACGCCUGCCAGAUUUUCGGUGGCCGUGCCAUCACCGCAUCAGGCAUGGGCUUCAUCGUCGAGAAGUUUCAGAAGAGUUUUAAGUUUCAGGCCAUCCUGGGAGGCAGUGAGGAGAUCAUGGCUGACUUUGCCAUCCGCCAGGCCAUGCGGCAGACGCAAGACAUGCCAGCGAGGCUCUAG